AUGCCCCCAGUGCUGUCGAGCACGGAGGAGAUAGUGGAGCUGUACCGGGAGCUGAGCCGGCACCCUGGGCUCAGCGCCGCCUGCCUCGGCCCCGACAUCACCACCCAGUAUGGGGGCAAGUACUGCAGCCUCUACACCGAGUGGUCACAGCGGGACCUGGCGCGGGCCGAGAACGUCAAGUUCUGCCGUCAGUACCUGAUCUUCCAUGAUGGGGUCUCCGUCGUCUACUCGGGACCUGCCGGCACCUGCUCCGAGAUCAAGGACGAGCUGCUGAGCCGGGAGUCCCCCAGCGGGGCGCUGAAGGCUGUCCUGCGCAAGGUCCCCGGCAAGGAGAAGGAGAAGGAGAAGCAGUUCCUGGAGGUCUGGGAUCAGAACCGCAAGGUGAAGAGCAUCGACCUGACAGCGCUGGACAAGCACGGCAGCGUCUACGACGAUGACCAGUUUGGCUGCCUGGCCUGGUCGCACUCGGAGACCCACCUGCUCUACGUGGCAGAGAAGAAGCGUCCCAAGGCUGAGUCGUUCUUCCAGAGCAAAGCUCCCGAGCUGGGUGCUUCCGACGAGGACACGGGGCACCCCAAGAAGGAGGAUGCACCCCUUAAGGGCGAGCAGUUCGUGUACCAUGAGGACUGGGGGGAGGCGCUGAGCACCCGCAGCGUGCCCGUCCUCUGCGCCCUGGACAUCGAGGGCAGCAGCGUCUCAGUGCUGGAGGGCGUCCCGGAGCACCUCUCUCCCGGCCAGGCUUUCUGGUCCCCUGGUGACACCGGUGUGGUGUUUGUGGGCUGGUGGCAUGAGCCCUUCCGCCUGGGGCUGCUGCACUGCACCAACCGCCGGUCAGCACUCUUCUACGUGGACCUGACGGGUGGGAGAUGCGAGCUGCUCUCUGAGGACACCAGGGCCGUGUGGUCCCCCCGGCUCAGCCCUGACCGCUGCCGCAUCGUCUACCUGGAGAACGAUGCCCUGGGACCCCACCAGCAGUGCAGCCGCCUCCGCAUGUACGACUGGUACACCAAGCACACCAGCACAGUGCUGGAGGCCGUGCCACGGCAGGCAUGGGGCGCCUUCCCGGGUAUCUACUGCGGCGCUCUGCCGGGGCUGUGCUGGGCGGCCGACAGCCGCAGGCUCGUGCUGGAUACGGCCCAGCGCAGCCAGCAGGACGUGUUCGUGGUGGACACGGUGACGGGCACCACAACCUCGCUGACGGCCGACGCCCCCCAGGGAAGCUGGUCUGUCCUCACCAUCGACCGGGACCUCUUGGUGGCCAGGUUCUCCACCCCUAGCUGCCCCCCGACGCUGAAAGUGGCCAUGCUGCCUGACACCGGCCGGGAGGCACAGGUGCGGUGGGUCUGCCUGCAGGAUGCCCCCCCCGUGCCUGGCAUCAGCUGGGGCAUCCGCACCCUGCGGCCCCCACCAGAACAGGAGCACCCUCAGUACGGGGGCCUGGACUUCGAUGCCAUCCUCCUGCGCCCAAGCGAGGGCCCCGCUGCCCAGAAGCCCCCCUUGGUUGUGAUGCCCCAUGGAGGUCCCCACUCUGUCUUCACGGCCGGGUGGAUGCUGUACCCGGCAGCGCUCUGCCGCAUGGGCUUCGCCGUGCUGCUGGUGAAUUACCGCGGCUCACUGGGCUUCGGCCAGGAUAGCGUGGCCUCCCUGCCAGGCAACGUGGGCACGCAGGACGUGCAUGACGUGCAGCUCUGCGUGGAGCGGGUGUUGCAAGAGGAGUCACUGGAUGCCGGACGGGUGGCACUGGUGGGCGGCUCGCACGGGGGUUUCCUGGCAUGCCACCUCCUCGGCCAGUUCCCCGACACCUACCACGCCUGCGUGGUCCGCAACCCUGUGGUGAACAUCGCCUCCAUGGUGGCCACCACCGACAUCCCCGACUGGUGCCUGACGGAGACGGGGCUGCCCUACACGCCUGACGCCCUGCCGGACCCGGCCCAGUGGACGGAGAUGCUGCGCAAGUCUCCUAUGUGCUACGUCGACCAGGUCCGCGCACCCGUGCUGCUGCUGCUGGGGGAGGACGACCGGCGCGUGCCCCCCAAGCAGGGGCUGGAGUAUUAUCGUGCCCUCAAGGCCCGGGGGGUCCUCACACGGCUGCUCUGGUACCCGGGGAACAACCACGCACUGGCUGGCGUCGAGGCCGAAGCCGACGGCUUCAUGAACAUGGCGCUGUGGCUGCUCAAGCACCUGCGGUGCUAA